AUGCACAUUACCAACGAUGGUAGCUUUGAUGAAGAAAUUAAGUGCAGAAACAACCAGGGAAGACAAGCAAUUAGACAACUCAACAGUAUUUUAUGGGAUAAGGCCGUAUCAAAAGAAAACAAACACAAAAUUUAUAACAGCAUAGUUAAAAGUAUCAUUAGUUAUGGUAGUGAAGUAUGGCCUUUGAAAGAAAGAAACCUUAAGUUACUCGAAGCUACAGAAAUGGACUUUUGGAGGCGCGCGGCCGGAAAAUCGAAACUGGAUAGAGUUAGAAAUGAAAGAAUUCAGAACAUCAUAGGCGUUAAACACCGAAUAUCAGAAGACAUCAAAAUUAACCAACUCAGGUGGUACGGGCACGUACAAAGAAUGGAAGAGAACAGAAUCCCGAAAAAAAUACUCAAUUGGACACCACAAGGCAAACGCAGGGAGACCUAG